CUCUCUCUAGGAUAUAUAUAUAUAUAUAUACACACACAUUUACAUAGAGAUCGAUAUAGUAUCUACUACAUGUCUAGUUAAUUCUUCGGCAUUAUUCUUCUUUCUCCUAACUGUAUAUUAAUAAAGGGUUUUUUUUUUUUAUUUCAAGUUCCCCUCAUUUCUUGAGAGGUUGUAAAUGCAACACAAUAUAUAAUAUCUACAUAUAUGCUUCUGAUGAACACCAUAUAUACCCAUCAUCUCCACCAUUCCUCGGCCCUAGCUCGAUCUCUCCCCCUAACCACCAUGCCCGCCAACCACCAGCAGCAACCACCUCUCCCUAAUUACGCGCAGGCCAUGAGCAUGAACCCCCAGCAGUACCAUGCACAGACACAGUGCAGAGAGCGCCUGUUCGAGAAGCCGCUGACGCCGAGCGACGUGGGGAAGCUGAACCGGCUGGUGAUCCCGAAGCAGCACGCGGAGAAGCACUUCCCUCUGGCGUCGGAGGCGUGCGACAAGGACCUGCUGCUGAGCUUCGAGGACGAGUCGGGGAAGCCCUGGUGCUUCCGCUACUCCUAUUGGACGAGCAGCCAGAGCUACGUGCUCACCAAAGGCUGGAGCCGCUACGUCAAGGAGAAGCGCCUCGACGCCGGCGACGUCGUCCUCUUCGAGCGCACGCGCGCCGCCACCGACCGCCUCCACAUUGCCUGUCGCCGACGCCGCCCGCACGAUAGCCCGCCGCCCGUACCCCACCCCGCAGCCGCCGCGCCGCAUUUUAGCCCCGCCCCCGCGCCCACCGCUGGUCCGUACGCCUCCCUCGGCUCGGUGCAACCAUACGACAGCAGCGUUCUUCGUGCAGGAGAUGGUGGUGACGGAGCCGUGGAGGGCGCGGCGGAGGCGGCCCCAGUGGUGCACUCGAAGCGGCGGCUGAGAUUGUUCGGCGUGAAUUUGGAGUGCGCUCCGGAAUUGGAAGAGGCGCCGCAGGCGGCGAGAUCAGUGUUCAGUUUAGUGAACCAAACUGCGUGCAAGCCAACCCCGUCGGCACCUUAUUAUUGGAGCAGCUCGUAGAAUCGGCGGAGGCGAGAUUUGAAGGAAUAUAUAACGUUCCGAUCAAUUGCUUUAGAGUCUCAAUAUUCAGCGGAAUAAUGCGCUAACAAACUGUACUUUGAAUGCUCAAAACAUUUUCAUAUUGCCCUAUGUGACUAAUCUUCUUAUCGGUAGCAAGAUGUACAAACUAAAUGGAAAAAAAAAAAAAAAA